AUGCCGCCGUUUCGGAAGGGGCAGGCGCAUGUGCGCCGACUCUACAGCGCCCCUGACACCAGUAGCGAGCUCAUUGCCACCUGUGACAAGACCUAUGUACCCUUUUUAGCUUACACAGCCUCGACCAACUCUGCUGUGGUGGUCGCAGAGGACGGCACGACAACGCCACGAGUACAACUUCCUUUCCCAGCCAUCGAUCUUGCGUGGUGUCCCUUCAAGAAGGGCACCGAGAAUGCGGCCUACGCGACAGCGUGCCACAGUCAGCCGAUCCAAAUAUGGGACCUUGAAGACGCCGAGCUGCGCGCCUCGUACGCUGCUACCAAUGACAGCGGUUGCCACACUCACGCGCAUGCACUGUGCUGGUUCAAGGCGCCCACCCACCAGCACUGGAUCGCUGGCGGCUACGGCGGCUAUGAGGACGCCACUCAGGUGCGUGUGUUCGACAUCAUGGCUGAGGGCAGUCAGCCCAUCUGGACUUACGGUGACAGGCGUAGUAAAGGGAUGGUGUCUGCCAUGCAGGACUGCCGGUGGCAGGGCACAGCACCGCUGCUGGCCGUGGGGAACUACAAUGCGCCCUCAGUUCAUCUCAUCGACUGUCGUAAGCGAUGCCCAGCGGCCCAGUUACAUGGACUUAAGCGGGGCGUGCGGGUGAUACGAAGCGGGAUGGAAGGCGUCGACCCAUACUGUGUCUACGCAGGAGGAAGUCAAGGAGACAGUCGUAUUGCAUGCUGGGAUGUACGCAAGCCAUGCGUGCCGCUCUUCACAUUAUGUAGGCCCAUCCAUACGCAGCAAGUCUUCGAGUUCGACCUACUGUCUUUGAGCCCUGCAGCUGUGUCUGCUGCCAGCGCAGCUGGUUGUUCGCGUGGCCUUGUGUCAACGUGCUCUACAGGAGGGGUUCUGUUGUACAGGUGGAGGGCCGGAGAGGUACCCGUUGAGGGGGCAGAGGUGACCAUUGGCGCCUCUGUGGGUCCAACAAGUGGCCUGGCAAUCGUGGGGCCUGACACAGUCGUUGUGAGCACCGGCACCCGCAAGUACGACAUUUGCAGCGUAGUACCCAAGGCGAAACCCGGCAACUUGGCCCAGCGGUCGCCAUGCCGUGACAACGAAUAUGACGAAGGUAAUAGUCCGCCACGCGUUCUGUGCCAUAGGCGCCAACGCUCACCGAUGCAAGACGACUCGGACGAGGAAUCGAGCACUGCAGAGCGAGAGCUUUUCAGCGGCAGCGAAGCUACAAACAUUGCCGUUCUCUCGCUUGCGCAACCACCUACAUGGGGCUAA